GGAAACAUAACCACGUGUUCCAGUUGUUUUUCGGUGUUUUCAAAAGAUUUGUGGGCAAAAAUUUAUGGUUUUUCCGAGGUUCUUUAGUUGUUAAUUAGUUUAUUUACUCAGGGCACAGGAAAUAGCGCGGGAAAUGGUGUUGGAGGGGUUUGAACUGAUCGCGCAAGGGGCCGAGGCGCGAAUUUAUCGGGGAUCCUAUCUGGGGAGGGACACACUUGUCAAGGAGAGGUUUAAGAAAACUUACAGACAUCCGGAUCUUGAUGAGACCCUCAGCAAGGAUCGGGUUAAGAACGAGAGUCGAGCGAUUGUGCGAGCGAAAAUAGCGGGAGUUUCCACGCCGACGAUCUUCUAUGUGGACCUAGAAGAGCGUUCUAUUUAUAUGGAAUAUAUAAACGACGCGAUUGCUUUGAAAUUCUACAUAAAUUCAAAGAUUGGAGGGAAAACUGAUGAUAAAAACUGGAUGAAAGGACUCGGCGAGUCUCUGGGAAUAUUGAUAGCUAAACUCCAUUCAAAGCAUCUCAUCCACGGUGACCUGACCACAUCCAACAUUCUCAUAAAAAACGAAUUGAUUGAUGAAGAAAAAACCCGUAAUGAUGCUUUCAUUUUUAUCGAUUUUGGUCUCGCUAGAAUCGAUUCAACCGCCGAAGAUAAAGCUGUGGAUUUAUACGUUCUUGAACGCUCGUUAUUGAGUUCUCACUCACAAGUACCUGAAUUAUUCUCCAUAAUUAUGAAUAAUUACCAGGAACACGUGGAUGAUAAACAGAGAAGGGAAAUUGUCACGAAAUACGAAGAAGUGAGGGCUCGAGGGAGAAAGAGACUUAUGAUCGGAUGAACUUAUUUGUAUUAUUUCAUUAAUAAAGUCAUGCGUAUUAUUUUGUUCGAAA